ACAUGAAAGAAGAAGUGUACUAUAAUUACAGCAUAUGGUACAAACAACGUACUGUUAAACCUCAGCAAAACCCCUUUGUCUAUUCCUAACCCUAACAUCAGUGCAAAGCUAUUGUGCAAUGGCGUCUCGGUGUCGUACACUAUCAAGACCAGCAAUUAACCUCUUCAAAUCCACAAUGAACAAACAACAAUCAAGCAUACCCACCACUUCCUCUUUCCAAAUUCCUCGCUCAUUUCCAACACUCUCAAGGCCAAUGCCUCAAAUGGGUUGUCUUCAAUCUCUGUUGCCGCUGCACAGUGCUGUGUCUUCAGCUAGACUGACAUCAUGCCUUGGUAUUGAUUCAAAGGGGUCAAGAUCGUUGUCACAGGAGUUAGGACUCUCAGUGCCGCGAUAAGCUAAGAGACUAUUGCUCAAGGAAGAAGAGGGUUGUUUUAUUGACAAUCACAACUUAUUAUCAGCUGAUGUCCUUCCAUAUUUUCUGCAACCUUUGUCCUUAAUCAUGUAUGAUAUUGACAGCAUGCAACUUCUGACUUUUGCCUCAAUUACCCUAAUUUUUUAUCGCUAUUUUGUAAGAUAUUGUCCCUCGAUUCGUUUAGAAACAAUUUUGAAGUAAUAAUGUUUGUGCUCAUGCCAUACUGCUCAAACUGAUGUAGUUAAGCAGUUUUACCAUGAGCGUUUUA